ACUGGAUUUUUUGUUGAUGUGUUAAUUAUAAAAAAAAUCAGUUUUUAUUAAAGUAAUUACUUGUAUGUUAAAAGUAGAUUUAGUGAUUAUUUUUUAUAUAUAUAGUGUAAAUUGUUAUUAAAAUAAAAUUGAUAUAGUACCAAUUUCUAAUAAUAUUAACUAGAUAAUAAAUUAAUAAUGUUACCUAGUUGUAAUAUAUUAUUUUUAUUACAACUACUACUAGCUAUUAGUAAUAGUAUUACUACUACUACUAGUAAUAGUAAUGAUACUAAUAAUACUAAUAGUAGUAAUCAAUUACAACCUAAUCCUGACCCUAACCCACAACUACCUAACCCUAACCAACAAAAACAAUUGGAAAACAAUUUGUUUGAUUCGCAUAACUUGCGUAUCAAACAAGCAAUUUGUUUAUCAAAUAAGACAAUCAUUGACAAUGAAUUGGUUAAACAGUUAAGACAAUGCAAACAAUUAGUUAAUUCAAACUAUAAAUCAAUUGAAAAUUUUAAACUAUACAAUGAUAAGAAAAUACAAUUUGAAUCGGAAUGUAGUAUUAGUAGUAAAAGUGUUAAACUAUUGGCAAACUAUUCAAAUAUUGUCGACACCGAUGACCCGGAUGUUAAGUUAGCCAUUUUGGACUAUUGUUGCCCAACAUUUACCCGUUGUGUUAAUCGGAAAGUUGAAAAACUAUUGGCUGAAAAUGAAAAAUUAGAAUCAGAUUUAUUACAAUGGGAUAAUCAGGAUGAAUCUAAUAGGGUUAAAAUUUGGUAUGAUGUACUACGUUGCGAAAAUAAAGUAUUGGACGCUAAACAAGUUGAAAAACAACAAUAUGAUCAAUUGGUUGAACAAUCAAAACAAUUGGGUCAACAAACUAAACUAAUUGAACAACAAUUGGAGCAAGCAGAAAAAUCGGAUCAACAAUUUAAAAUUGAACACAAUUUACAAAAAACACAAAUCAUUUGUAAAAAUCCGGGAAAACUUAAUCAAACUGUUGUACAAAAAUUGCGUAAAUGUGUGGAAAUAUUUAGUUUGAAACAAAAAUCAGAAGUUUUUAGAAAUUAUUUUAAAAAGAUGAGUGAUUUUGAUUACGAUUGUACUGAAUCGGGUGCACCUGAUGUCGAUCUAACCUUAUAUACAAAACUGAAUCCGGAGGACAGGGAUGUCAAGUCGGUUAUUGUCAGCCAAUGUUCCCGAUUCUAUGGCGAGUGUGUUGUGAAAAAUUUCAAAACCUAUUUAGAGGACAACAAACAAUUUGCCACUGAUUUUUCCAAGGAAAUUGCCCAGGGCAAAUUUAAUAUCUUUGAAUUAAAUGAAAUACUAGAUUGUGAAAAAAAUGUACUGGGUAUUGUUAAAGAAAAAUCACCGGAGGAACAAUUAGCUGAUAAACAUAUUGAACUGAAAAAACAAAUAAUAUGUGAAAAACCGGAAAAAAUUACAACUAAAAUAUUGUUAAAAUAUAAAAAAUGUGAAAAUCUAAUCGAUGACCAAGUUGAAUCGACAAUUAUUAAACAAUAUUUAGAAAAAUGGAGACAACUUAACUAUAAUUGUACUGAUAGUGCUCCGGAUGCCGAUAGCAUACUAGGCCUAUACAAUGCCGAUCGGGUAGAUCUGGAUAAUCGGGAUAUCCGGGAGUCGAUAAUAAGCCUGUGCUCGGAAUCCUAUAAACAAUGUCAAACCAAACAGUUUAAACAAGUUAUUGAUAACGAUUUGGAUUUAGCUAUCAAAUUUUAUAGCGCUAAUGAGCAAGAUGAAUUUAAAUCGUUACCAUGGGAUGAACUACAGACAUGCGAAAAAAAGGUACUGGGUAUUAAAAUACAACAACAAUUGGUUAGCAAUGUUAACAAUCAACAACAACAACAACAACAUCCUAUUUGUCAAAAUCCUAGUAAUUUUGAUACCAAUGCACUUAAAGAGUAUAAUAAAUGCAAAUUUAUUAUAUUUUCAAAAUCAAAUUCAGAAAUUUUAACACAAUAUUAUGUAAAAAUGCAACAAUUUGAUCAUGAAUGUACAGUUAAUGGUGCCGAUGAUGUACAGUUGGACUUAUAUACUAAUGCCAAUGUUAACGAUUCGGAUGUUAAAUCGGUUAUAAUUAGUACCUGUUCGCCGACCUACCCAUCCUGUGUACUAAAUAAACUAAAAUCAUUUAUUAGUAAUGACAACGAGUUUACUCAAGAAUUUUAUAGACAAUAUCCCGGAGGAAAAGUUCCCGAUUUUCCAAGAAAUGAAAUUAAUGAAUGUAGUUUAAAGGCAUUGGGCAUUAAUAUACAACAACAACAACAACAACAACAACAUUUAUUAUGUCAAAAUCCUAGUAAUUUUAAUACUAAAGUAUUAAAAGAUUAUAGUAAAUGCAGAUAUAAAGUGUUUUCAAAAUCAAAUACAUUAAUUUUAAACCAAUUUUAUGUAAAAAUGCAACAUUUUGAUCACGAAUGUACAGUUAAUGGUGCCGAUGAUGUACAGUUGGACUUAUAUACUAAUGCCAAUGUUAGCGAUUCGGAUGUUAAAUCGGUUAUAAUUGGUAGCUGUUCCCCGACCUACGAGUCCUGUGUACUAAAUAAACUAAAAUCAUAUUUAGCUGAUAACAAACAGUUUGCAAUUGAUGUUUAUAAACAAUAUCCCAGCGGAAAAAUUCCCAAUUAUCCAGAGGAUGAAAUUAAUGCGUGUAUGUAUAAGGCAUUGGGUAUUACACAACAACCACAACAACCACAACAACCACAACAACCACAACAACCACAACAACCACAACAACCACACAAUGAAAAUAUAAUACAAGAAAAUAAUAAUAAUAAUUGUCAACUAAAUCCUAAUAUUGAUACUAAUGUUAUUAAACAAUUAGCUUCAUGUUCAUUGAAACUGUUAAGCCCAGAUAAUUCACCAACGUUAAAUCAAUAUUAUCUAGUGUUACUUCAAUCGAUGAUUGAAUGUACAAAAAAUGGUGCACCUGAUGUCGAUUUGAGCACCUAUACCAAUGUCGAUACAAAUGAUUUGGAAGUUAGGGCAAUCAUAGUAGGCCAGUGCUCGCAAACAUUUAAACCCUGUUUAGCUGAAAAACUUCAAUCAUUUAUAUCGUCAAACAAAUCGUUAAUCAAAACGAUUUCAAUUGAAUAUCCCAACGGUAUUGACAAAGAAUAUCCAAUAAAUAAAAUUAAUGAAUGCAAUCAACAAGUUUUAACACAACUACUACAACAACAACAACAACAACAACAACAACAACAACAACCAUCACUUAAAACUAAAAUUAAAAAGAAAACUAAAAAAUCUAAAAAUAAUUGUCCAAAACCUGAAUAUAUUGAUAACAGUGCAAUCAAACAGUUUAGUAAAUGUAAACGAAUUUUACAACAAGAAACUGAUCCACUAAAUAAACAAAUUUUUAAAUUAAUGCUUAAAGCUUUAAGUGAUUGUAGUCUAUCGAGUGCUGGCGAUAUGGGACAACCAUCAUUGCUGGCCUAUUCAAACGUAAUGGACAUAACUAACCUGGAUGCCCUAUCGAUUAUAGUUAGCCAUUGUUCGCCAACGUUUGAAAAGUGUCUGAAAAAUACGAUUAAUACAUUAUUAUUGACUAACAGACAGCUUACAAUUGAUUUUCGUAAUGAAAAUCCUGGUGGAAUUUAUAAGAAUUUAGCGUUCAGUAAAUUUAUGGCUUGCGGGAAAAAAAUAUUAACUAAACAACAACAACAACGACAGCGACAACAACAACAACAACAACAACAACAAGAGGAUAACAAUUUAGACAAUGAAAAUAUAAUACAAAAAAAUAAUAAUAAUAAUUGUCCACUAAAUCCUAAUGUUAAUACUAAACUUAUUAGCCAAUUUACUUCAUGUACAUUGAAAGUAUUUAAACAAGAUAAUUCACCAUCGUUAAAUCAAUAUUAUCUAUUAGUACUUCAAUCUAUUAUGGAAUGUACAAAAAAUGGUGCACCUGAUGUCGAUUUGAGCACCUAUACCAAUGUCGAUACAAAUGAUUUAGAUGUUAGGGCAGUCAUAGUAGGCCAGUGCUCGCAAACAUAUCAGCCCUGUUUAGCACAAAAAAUUCAAACAUAUUUAUCGUCAAACAAAUCGUUAGUUGAAACGAUUGAAAGUGAAUAUCCCGACGGUAUUGGCAAACAAUAUCCAUUAAAUGAAAUUAAUGAAUGUCAACAAAAAGUUUUAUUACAACACCAACAACAACAACAACAACAACAACAACAACAACAACAACAACCACUUGAAACUAAAAUUGAAAAGAAAACUAUAAAAUCUAUAAAUAAUUGUCCAAAACCUGAAAAUAUUGAUAACAGUCUAAUCAAAAAAUAUACUAAAUGUAAACGAUUUUUAAAACUUGAAACUAAUCCAACAACUAAAAAAUUUUUCAAAUUUUUAAAUCAAGUAUUAACUGAAUGUAGUCUAUCGAGCGCUGGCGAUAUGGGACAGUCAACAUUGACUCGGUAUUCAAAUGUUGUGAACAUAACUAGCCUGGAUACCCUAUCGUUUUUAGUACCCCUGUGUUCGCCAACGUUUGAAAAGUGUGUCCAAGAUAUGACUAAAACAUUUUCAUUGAAUAACAGAAAGAUUGCCAUUAAAUUUCAAAACGGUAUUAAUGAUAGUAUAGCUUACAGUAAAUAUUUGGCAUGCGGAGAAAAGGUAUGGACUAAACAACAACAACGCCAACAACAACAACAACGACAAAAACAACAACAACUACUACUUCAACAACAACACCAACUAUUACUACUACACCAACAGCUACUACUACAACAACAACAGCUACUAAUACAACAACAACAACGACAACCACAACAACAAGUGGCCAACAAUUUGGACGAUUCGGAUGAAACCGGAAAAAAUCAAUCGGAAAAUAGUUGUCCAAUACCUACUAAUGUUACCUAUAAUCAACUUAAACAACUAUAUCAAUGCAAACUGAAAAUGAUUUCAAACAAAAAUUCACAAAAAUUAAAUGAAUAUUUAUUAAUAUUUUAUAAAUUUGAAUACGAAUGUACUAAAAACGGUUUACCCGAUGUCGACCUGACUGCCUAUACAAAUGUUAAUUUGCUGGAUCCGGAAGUCCGAUCGGUUAUAACAUCCACGUGCUCUCAAUUAUUUAAACCGUGUGUUCAGCAAAAAUUGCAACAAUAUAUUGCAGACAAUAGACAGUUUGGUUUAGAAUUAUCAAAUGAAAAGUUUAUCAACGAAACUAAAAAUUAUUCAUUUGAUGAAACAAAUUCAUGCCUACUAAAAGCAUUAAGUUAUCAACAACCACUACAACCACAACAUGUGGCCAACAAUUUGGACGAUUCGGAUGAAACCGGAAAAAAUCAAUCGGAAAAUAGUUGUCCAAUACCUACUAAUGUUACCUAUAAUCAACUUAAACAACUAUAUCAAUGCAAACUGAAAAUGAUUUCAAACAAAAAUUCACGAAAAUUAAAUGAAUAUUUAUUAAUAUUUUAUAAAUUUGAAUACGAAUGUACUAAAAACGGUUUACCCGAUGUCGACCUGACUGCCUAUACAAAUGUUAAUUUGCUGGAUCCGGAAGUCCGAUCGGUUAUAACAUCCACGUGCUCUGAAUUAUUUAAACCGUGUGUUCAGCAAAAAUUGCAACAAUAUAUUGCAGACAAUAGACAGUUUGGUUUAGAAUUAGCAAAUGAAAAGUUUAUCAACGAAACUAAAAAUUAUUCAUUUGAUGAAACAAAUUCAUGCCUACUAAAAGCAUUAAGUUAUCAACAACCACUACAACCACAAUUGGACACCAAUAUUGAUGAUAAAAAUCAAUUGAUUGAAACUACUAAACAACAACAAAAUAGUUGUCUAAUGCCUACUAAUGUUACUUAUAAUCAACUAAAACAGCUUUAUCAAUGCAAAUUAAAAUUGAUUUCAAACAAAAAUUCAAAAAUAAUAAAUCAAUAUUAUUCAAUAUAUUAUGCAUUUGAAUACCAAUGUACUAAAAACGGUUUAUCUGAUGUCGACCUGACUGCCUAUACAAAUGUUGAUUUAACUGAUCCGGAAGUCAAAUCGCUUAUAACAUCCACGUGCACUAAAUUAAGCAAACCGUGUAUUCAGACUAAAUUAAAACAAUACAUUGCAGACAAUAGACAGUUUGGUUUAGAAUUUGCUAAUGCUAUCGACGAAUUGAAAAAUAUUCCAUUGGUUGAAACAAGUUUAUGUAUAGUAAAAGCAUUAGGUAUUCAACAACAACCACUACAACCAAAACCAAAACAACAACUUGACAAUGAUUUUGAUGAUGAAAAUCUAUUGAUUAAAACUACUAAACAACAAAAUAGUUGUCCACUACCUACUAAUGUUACUUAUAAUCAACUAAAACAUAUUUAUCAAUGCAAAUUAAAAAUUAUUUCAAACAAAAAUUCACCAAUCAUAAAUAAAUAUUUAUCAUUGUAUUAUGCAUUUGAAUACCAAUGUACUAAAAACGGUUUAUCUGAUGUUGACCUGACUGCCUAUACAAAUGUUGAUUUAACUGAUCCGGAAGUCAAAUCGCUUAUAACAUCCACGUGCAGUAAAUUAGCCAAAUCGUGUAUUGAGAAAAAAUUUAAACAAUACACUGCAGACAAUAGACAAUUUGGUUUAGAAUUUGCUAAUGCUAUGGAAGAAUUUAAAAAUAUUCCAUUUAAUGAAAUAGAUUCAUGCGCUGAAAAAGCAUUUGGUAUUCAACAACAACAACAACCACUACCACAACAACCACUACCACAACAACCACUACAACCACGACAUCCACUACAACCACAAUUAGACACCGAUUUUGACGAUGAAAAUCAAUUGAUUGAAACUACUAAACAACAACAAAAUAGUUGUCUAAUACCUACUAAUGUUACUUAUAGUCAACUAAAAGGCUUAUAUCAAUGCAAAUUAAAUACGAUUCAAAAUAUAAAGUCAAAAAUUUUAAAACAAUAUUUAGUAAACUAUUAUAAUUUUGAAUACGAAUGUACUAAAAAUGGUAGACCGGAUGUCUAUCUGAUCCCCUAUACUAAUGUUGAUACGACUGACCCGGAAGUCCGAUCGAUUAUAACAUCCACGUGCUCUGAAUUAGCCAAACCAUGUAUUCUGAAAAAAUUGAAACAACACAUUGCAGACAACAGACAGUUUGGUUUAGAAUUAACAAAUGAAAAUGUUAUCAAUGAAGUUAAAAAUUUUUCACCUGAUCAAACAACUCAAUGCAUUGCAAAAGCAAUUAGUUAUAUACAACAACAACAACAACAACCACAACAACCACAACAACCACAACCACUACAACCACUACAACAAGUAUCAGAAAAACAAUUACAACAACUGCUACAAUAUAUUCAAUUAUUAAAACAAAAAUCACAACAACAACCACAACAACCACAACAACCACUACAACCACAACAACCACAACAACCACAACAACCACAACAACCACAACAACCACAACAACCACAACAACCACAACCACUACAACCACUACAACAAGUAUCAGAACAACAAUUACAACAACUGCUACAAUAUAUUCAAUUAUUAAAACAACAAUCACAACAACAACCACAACAACCACAACAACCACAACAACCACAACAACCACUACAACCACAACAACCACAACAACCACAACAACCACAACAACCACAACAACCACAACAACCACUACAACCACAACAACCACAACAACCACUACAACCACUACAACCACUACAACCACUACAACCACUACAACCACUACAACCACUACAACCACUACAACAAGUAUCAGAACAACAAUUACAACAACUGCUACAAUAUAUUCAAUUAUUAAAACAACAAUCCCAACAACAACCACAACAACAAGUGACCAACAAUUUGGACGAUAAAACUAAAUUGACUGAAAAAUAUAAUAAUUGUCUAAUUACUACUAAUGUUACUUAUAAUCAACUAAUAGAUUAUAAUAAAUGCAAAUUUCAAAUAAUUUCAAACAAUAAUUCAAAAAGAAUAAAUCAAUAUUUGACAAAAUAUUAUGAAUUUGAAUACGAAUGUACUAAAAACGGUUUACCCGAUGUCGACCUGACUGCCUAUACCAAUGUUGAUGCGGUUAAUCAUCCGGAAGUCAUAUCUAUUAUAACUGCCACGUGCUCGGGAUUAGCCAAUGAGUGUAUUAGUAAAAAAUUUGAUCAAUUUAUUGAUGACAAUAAACAGUUUAGAUUAUUAAUGUCAAAUGAAACUUUUUUAAAAGAUAUUGAAAAUUUAUCAAUUGAUGAAUCAAUAGAUUGCAGUAUAAUAGCAUUGGGUCAACAACAACAACAACAACAAGAAAAUUUUCAACAAUUACAACGACUGCUACAAAAUAUUCAAUCAAUAAGCCAAGAACAACAACAACCACAAUUAAUAGAACGUCUAUUACAAAAACUGCUACGAAAAAUUCAAUUAUUAAAACAACAACAACCAAAACAAUUAAAAAAUGAAUUUUCAGAACAACAAUUACAACAACUGCUACAAUAUAUUCAAAUAUCAAUACAACAACAACAACAACAACAAUCAGAAAAUCAAGUAUUAGAACAAUUUAAACAAUUACAACAACUGCUACAAAAUAUUCAAUUAUUAAAACAACAACAACAACAACAACAACAACAACAACAACAAUUGGCCAACAAUUUGGAUGAUAAAACUAAAUUCAAUGAAACUAAAAAUCUAAAACAACAAAAUAAUAGUUGUAAACUUCCCUAUGAUGUUACCUAUAAGCAACUAAAACAUAUUAAUCAAUGCAAAUUUAAUAUGAUUAAUAAAAUUAAGUCAAAAAAAUUCAAUCAAUAUUUAGUAAAAUAUUUUGAAUUUGAAUACGAAUGUACUAAAAACGGUUUACCAGAUGUCGACCUCACUGCCUAUACCAAUGUUAAUCUAACUGAUCCGUAUGUCCGAUCGGCUAUAACAUCCACGUGCACUGAUUUAGACAGACAGUGUAUUGAUAAAAAAUUGGAUCAAUUUCUGGAAGACAAUAGACAGUUUGUUUUAGAUUUAGAAAAUGAAAAUUUUAACAACGAUGUUAAUAAUUUUACAGAUGAUGAACUAAAAUUAUGCCUACAACAAGAAUUUGCUAUUCAAACUCAACCUCAACAACAACAACAACAACAAGUAUCUCAACCACAAGUAUUAGACCAACGAUUACAACAACUGCUACAAAAUAAUCAAUUAUCAAAACAACAACAACAAGAAUUGGAACAACAAUUACGAAAACUGAUACAAAAUAAUCAAUUAUCAAAACAAGAAUUACAACAAGUAUUAGAACAACGAUUACAACAAUUGCUACAAAAUAAUCAAUUAUCAAAACAACAAUCACAACAACAACCACAACAACUACAACCACAACAACAACCACAACAACCACAACCACAACAACAACAACCACAACAAGUAUCGGAACAACAAAUAUUAGAACGAUUACAACAACUGCUACAAAAUAUUCAAGUAUUUAAACAACAACCACAACAACCAAAAUCAAAACUAUCACAACAAUCACAACAACAAUUGCUAAUACAAAAACUACAACAACAAAUGCAAAAAUUACAACAACAACUAGAUGCUGAUGAUGAUAAUGUUGAUGUAGACACUGAUGAUGAUGAUGACGAUAAUGAUAAGGAUACUAAUGAUACUAAUGAUGAUAAUAUUAGGAAAAAUCUUAAGAAAAAAAUUUGUAAAAUACCAUUGAAUGUUACGACAAAUGUAUUGAAACAAUUUAGUCUAUGCAAAAUGCAAAUGUUUCAAAAAAAUAAUUCACCAACAUUAAAUAAAUAUUAUGUUAAAGUACUUCAAUUUGUCUAUGAAUGUACAGCCAAUGGUGCACCUGAUGUUGACCUGAGCUCCUACGGCAAUGUCAACCAAACUGAUCCGGAUGUUAGAGUGGUUUUAGUUGGCCAGUGCUCGCAAACAUUUAGGCCGUGUUUAGUUAGAUCGAUGAAAGCCUAUCUAAAUCAAGACAAACAGUUUGCUAAUGAAUUUUAUGGUGAAUUUCCUGGCGGUAAAGUCAAUGGAUAUCCAAUGGAUAAAAUUAGAGCAUGCGGCAAUAAUGUACUAACAGAUUUUCUAUUACAACAAAAAUUAAAACAAAAUAAUAAUAACAAUAAAAUUCAAUUUCAUAAAAAUACAAUAAUUUGUCAAAAUUCCGAUAAAAUCAAUACAACAGUACUUAAAGAUUAUAAUAAAUGCAAACAAAUUAUGAUUAAUAAUGAAAAAAUACCAAUAGUUAAACAAUACUAUCAAAAAUUACUAGAAUUUGAUUCGGACUGUACAGUCAAUGGUGCACCCGAUGUCGAUCUGAGCACCUAUACCAAUGUCGAUAUAACUGAUCCGGAUGUUAGAUCGGUAUUGGUUAGCCAUUGUUCGCCAUCCUAUCUGUUGUGUAUUGAAAAUAGAUUCAUCAAAUUUGCUGUUAAUAAUCAACAGUUUGCUAUGGAUUUGAUUAAGGAAAAUCCCCAUGGUCAAAUCAAUAAUUUUCCAACCGAUGAAAUUAAUGCAUGCGGUUAUAAGGCAUUGGGUAUUGAUCCCCCACCACCACAACAACAACAAUCUGAAAACAAUGACCCACACACUGGUGACCCAUACCCAACCCCUGCAAAAAAUUCAGACCCACUUUCACACACCGAACUACAGGAACUGGAAGAUCAAUGGAAAGACAGACACUAUUCGUUGAUUAAACCUAUCAUAUGUUCAUCAGAUAAGAUCAACAAUCAAUUGGCUAAAGAGUUUAGACAAUGUCGACAACUAAUCGAUAAUUCAAAUAAAACACCGAUUUUAGUGAAAUAUUUUGAUAAAAUGAAACAAUCGGCCAACGAUUGUGCUGUCAAUGAUACGGCUAGUGUCCAACAAUUGGCCGCAUUUGACAAACAAUUAGAUACCAACGAUACGGACAUCAGGUUGGCUAUACUGACUACCUGUUCCCAACAGUUUGGCCAAUGCUAUGAACAUAAUAUACAGGACUUCCUGAUUAAAUCUGAUCCGACAUUUGUAUUGCAAUUGAACAAUGCUAAUGUUGAUGGAGCAUUUAGACAGUUACCAUGGUCGGAUUUAUUUGCAUGCGAGAAAAAGGUACUGGGUAUUCAACAACAACUACAACCUGAACCAUAUCCAACAUUACAACAACAACAACCACACCCACUGACACAACAACAACAACCACACCCACUGACACAACAACAACAACAACAACAACAAAGAAAUAUAUUGAGAAAUAAACAUCAAAUACAAGUCAAACAAGUUAUAUGUUUGUCGGACAACACUAACAACACUAACAACACUAACAACAGUAAAAUCAAUACAAAAUCAAUCAAUGAUUAUAAUGAAUGCGAAAAACAAUGGUUGGCUAAACAUCAAAAUCAAUCGCUAAUUAAACAGUUUUAUAAAAAACAUAGAGAAAUUGCCUAUACAUGUACCAAUGAUGGUAGUUCCUUAAAUAAUACUACUAGUAAUGAUAGUAGUAAUGAUAUACCUAAACUGCUGGCCAACUAUCAGUUAGUAACUAAUGGGACAGUCGACCUGAACGAUCUGGAUAUUAAAUUGGCUAUUGUAAACUCAUGUUCCCAAUGGUUUAUUAAGUGUAUGAAACAACGAUUGGACAGUUGGCUGAAAAAUGAUCAGAAAUUUUUCAAAGAUUUUAUGGAUGAUAGAGUACAGUCAGAAUUAGAUAAUAUUGAUAAAUGGGUUGAUUUUUAUGCAUGUGAACGUAAGGCACUGGGCAUUGAACAGCACUAAUAAUAAUAAUAAUAAUAAUUUUAGCAUGCUAAUUAUUAGCAUCAAUUAAAAAUAAAAAUAAAUAUUA